CGAUGAUUAUACACUCCCCUUCUAUCAGUACGUUCUGUCAACUGUGGGAAAACGCAUGUGUUGACAUUUCGUACAAGACCCGCAACGAACGCUUCUCGCGAGGCCCAGGCGCCAGCACUCGCUGGACGACGAGCGGCGCAGUCAAUGUUUCCUCCAAACCUACAUCUGGAAAGAUGUCGGUACUACACGGAAAUGACUGUUGAACGAUGGAGAGAAGCGACAUAGAUGAUUUUCUUCUUCGCGCACGUGAAUGCUGCCAUCCGAAUCUACCUAAGUUCAAUACGUAAAAAUGAUCGCUGCAGCUCUGCACAACAGUGCAAAUCGUCUUCCAGUACAACGGCCGAAUAUGGAUCGCUCAAGAUCCUCACCGUUGCGGCACAAGAGCUACUGCAACGGCUCCGGCUUCCAGAGCAACGACCGGACGUGGAUUAAUCAAGAUCCUCACCGCUGCAUUCUCUUUUUGCGUGAUCGUGAGACGUGGGCCGGAGUUGCACGCUUCUGGUAUAGCAGGGCCGCUGAUAAAAGCUCACACGUUGGUCGUCUGCAUCACCACCUCGCUAUCCUCACUCGCCUUAACGCGCUCGGGAGUCAAUCCAUACGUUGCUUGAUCCUAUCCUUGGACAUUCCAAUGCCUCAUAUCGCAUUCGCUGCCUAUUGAUACCAGCUUUAUCAGGGCCCACGGUAUUCUCUUUGGGAGGUUGUCG